ACACUAAACGAACGACACGACAGAGGACAGAGGUGUUGUUUUUCAGCUCAAGCUCAGCAUAAAGACCGCAUAUUUUCUUGUCAAAUGCAAAUAUUUUUAGACUCUGGCAAGAUUAUGUAAUGGAUUCAGCUGAACAAAAGCCUGUAGCGAAUGGCCACUUGAGUGCCGAAGAGGUUGAUGUAGAAUUUAUGCCAUUAAUCUACGAAAUCCUGCGAGGAAUCGAAAGAGAAUCUAUCGACACCGCCCAGAAACCAAGGGAGUCACAGGACACAAGUCUGAAAGUUGUCGAGCUCCACAAGAAAUUGAAUCAAGUUCGUGAACAGGUUCGGAAAUUGCCCGGAAUCAAUUACAAUCGUGAGGACCAAUUGAAGCAGUUGGAUCAUUUGCGUAAACAGCUGCGGCUGAAGAGAGAGUUGCUGCUCAAGUAUCGUAAUAUGUGCUCGUUUGACAUGCCCAAGGCCUGAAGACUAUGCCCAUUUUGCGAAUCAUCCUGCGCUACCUGGCCAACAACGAACAGCUUGUCUACAAACUCUCGGAAUCGAAACCUGUGCGUCGAGCCGCUCAGUUAACCCUCAGUUUGUUCUACCGGAGCAAAAUGCUCCAAC